UUAUUAUUGUUUAGAAAUGGCCGCCGGUCCUAUCGCUGAAAGAAAUCAAGAUGCCACAAUUUAUGUUGGUGGCCUUGAUGAAAAAGUCAGUGAAACUAUUUUAUGGGAACUGUUUGUUCAAGCAGGUCCUGUGGUUAAUGUGCAUAUGCCAAAAGACAGAGUUACAGGUCAGCAUCAAGGGUAUGGAUUUGUAGAAUUUUUAGGUGAAGAUGAUGCGGAUUAUGCCAUAAAAAUUAUGAACAUGAUUAAGCUAUAUGGGAAACCCAUUCGUGUAAAUAAGGCAUCUGCUCAUCAGAAAAAUCUGGAUGUUGGAGCUAAUAUCUUUAUUGGAAACCUUGAUCCAGAAGUGGAUGAAAAGCUGUUGUAUGACACCUUCAGUGCAUUUGGUGUAAUUUUACAAACACCAAAGAUCAUGAGAGAUCCUGAAACUGGAAAUUCUAAAGGCUAUGCUUUCAUUAAUUUUGCUAGUUUUGAGGCUUCAGAUGCUGCAAUUGAAGCCAUGAAUGGACAAUACUUAUGUAAUAGGCCAAUCACAAUUUCUUAUGCUUUCAAAAAGGAAUCUAAAGGAGAAAGGCAUGGAUCUGCUGCAGAACGUUUAUUGGCUGCACAGAACCCUCUAUCUCAUGCUGAUAGACCCCAUCAGCUCUUUGCCGAUGCUCCGCCAACUUCCAAUGGACCUAUGCCAAUGCCCACACAUAUGGUUCCACCUCCUGGUUUACCCCCUCCUCCAUCUAUGCAAAUGUCCUCAGCAAACAUGGUCACAUCAGCAAACGCACCAAUGCCUCCUCCGCCACCUCCUUUACCGCCAAGCUCCUUGCCACCACCUCCUCCAUUACCUGUUCGUCCUCCAGCACCUCCUUCAAGUUUCCCUUCAGUUCCACCACCACCACCUCCUUCAAGUCACCUACCUCCUCCACCUCCCACUCCUCCAGUUUCAUCUUUUGCUGGCAUGCCACCACCUCCACCUCCUCUUCCUUCGAUGACCACUGCUACUUCUCAGAUUCCAAUGCCACCAAGUGGCUCAGAUGCUCCACCUCCUCCUCCUCCAAAGACUACAGAGCAGCCACCUCUGCCCCCACCACCACCUCCUAUGGGUCUUCCUCCUGGCAUGCCCUCCAUGCCUCCGUUUCAUACACAAGGUGUUCCUCCACCUCCACUGCCGGGGAUGAGGCCACCCAUACCUGGCUUAGGGUUUCCAAGACAGCCAUUUGGUAUGCCAAGACCAAUGCCACCUCCUCCGCCUGGUCCAAUACCACCUCCUCCUCCUGCACCAAGAGGGAUGAGGCCCCCUAUGCCCCCUCCCCCACCACCGCCUCCAAGCUCUGGCUAAUGUGUUAUAAAAAG